CCACAUUUCCUCUGUACACCACACGGCUCUUUUUAAGCACUGCCGUGACAGUUAGUCUGUCAGUCAGGCUGCUGCGUCUGUGCUAGCCUCCCUGCAGCCCAUCUCGCGGGAUGGAAGCCCGUUGGUGGAGCUGUGUGUUGGGAUUACUCUGCAUGCCUGCUGAGGUUUUACUGCACACCUGGACAGUUUCUCAAAACCCCCGGUCUAUCUCCGUCAAGAGAGUGAACUCAUCUGUUGACAUCACAUGCUCCACAUCCUUGUCGAACCCGAUGGGGCUGUACCUGAAGAGGCGUUUCCAAGGCGAAGACGUCGUGUUCCUCUCCUUGGACAAAGGACAAGUCACCAAGGAUACUACCGAUCCAAAGUUCACAGGUCGAAUUCAGGUGACUCCGGAGGAGGUCGGGGCGGGACAGGGGUUCACCCUGCAGCUGUCUCUGCUGGGGCCGGACGACACAGACUUGUAUUACUGCACCUGGACUCACUUCAAAUUACAGACGUCGACUCGAGAAGCUCAGUCCAGUAAUGGCACCAUUAUCGUUGUGAGAGAGAUGGAUCUCCAGCAGACACAGUGCGAGAGCCACAUUGUUGACCUCAUCUUGAUCUUCCUCUGUGUGACAGCAUUCACGUUCAUGCUGCUCCUCUUCAUUGGAGUUCUGAUUUUUCGAUGCAGACGAUUUAAGAAGCGCUUCAGGCCUGCCAGAGUUGUAACAGCCUCCGGACCAAACAGCCCACAGCACAUCUGCCCUCAGCACGGGAUUCAGCAUCGUCCCUACAUGAUCACAUCUUUACAAACCACAGACUUCAGGGGCAUUCUGUAAAUGCUACGAGUUUGGUUCAAAGACGGUGAAUUGAAAAACUUUUACGGUGAAUGUUUCCCACACAGGGUGUGUGUGACACGUGAUCGAGGUGUCUUUUGAGUUAUGAGCUCAGCCCAUAAAAGACAGCUCACUUCUUCUUCUGCUUCUCAUUUCCUUUUAUACACAAAUUUGUGUUUUGUUUGCAGAAAAGUGAUUCAGCUACCACAUCCUGGUUGAUGUGGGGCGCAAAGAUGUGACGAGCGUGAGUGGUGGUGUUGUUAAAAAAAACUGUAAAGCAAGCAUUUUUCUAUUCCAUAAUGUGCAACACGUUUUCUUGACCUUUUGUUUUGCAGCUUACUUGAUGUAUUUGUUUGUUUUGAACUUUGAAACAGAUGUGACGCAUCGUUUCCUGCCUGGCUUCAUAUGUGCAUUAAACCUGUGUCUUUUCCA